AUGACACAGGAAAAAGAAAUUAAAGUGGCUACUCCAGAUGUUCCGUCUACUUCAAAUAUGCAAAAUAAUAAGCCUGUUAAAGAUAUAAGACAUCCAACUGGCGAUGGUUCGAUACCUCAAACUAAAAAGAAGGGCAAGAAAGGUAAGAAAUCGAAACCCAUAGUGACACCAGAACAUAUUGCCAAGAUUCGGGCCGAAAGAGAUGCGAUGAGAAAGGCUAAGAGAGAUGCGAUGUUGGCUCAAGGCGUUGAUCCGGAUUGUCCGCCAGAGUUACAUUUUAUCAAGAGACCUUUCCUAGUUCUACACGAGAAAGAACCAGUAACUGGUUUUAGAUUCAAGCUGAUGACCUAUAACUGCUUAGCACAAGCCCUGAUUCGUAGAAAGCUUUUCCCAGAUAGUGGUGACGCUUUAAAAUGGUACAGGCGUUCUAGGGUUCUAUUAAAUGAGUUUAAGUAUUAUAAAGCCGAUGUCAUUUGUUUGCAAGAGAUUGAUCACAUUCAAUUUCAAAGUUUUUGGAAAGACGAGUUUAAUAAACUGGGAUACGAUGGACAAUAUUAUAGGAAUUCCACAAAAAACCAUGGCGUUGCCAUCAUGUGGAGAAGAGAAAUGUUUCAGCAGGUCGACAAGAUGCUAAUUGACUAUGAUAAAGAAACCUCAGAAAAUAUUUCCACGAGAACAACAACAAACAAUGUUGGUUUGGUUUUAGCUUUGAAGUUUUCUGAGAAAGUUUUAUCGAACCUGAGUAAAUCAUCGUCUAAAAAAUGCGGUAUUUUGAUUGGUACUACACAUCUCUUCUGGCAUCCAUUUGGUACUUAUGAAAGAACAAGACAAUGCUAUGUCGUUUUGAAGAAAAUGAAGGAAUUCAUGCACCGUGUAAACGUUUUACAAAACGAAAAUGAUGGCGAUUUAUCUCACUGGUUUCCAUUUUUCUGUGGCGACUUCAACUCUCAGCCUUUCGAUACGCCAUAUCUGUCGAUGACAUCCAAGCCGGUGCACUACAAAAACAGAGCAAAGACUGUUAUUGAGUGCAGUACUUCAUUUAAGUUUUCCAAAGCUCGUGAUGGUGAUGAAAGUGCAGAUGACGAAGAAGGUGGGAAUAUUGAAAAAUACGGCAAGGACCAACCUGAAAGUCCUGUUCCUGAGAAUUAUCAUGCCAACGAAGAACAAAUAGAACUGGUAGAUAAAAUGGCACAACUUCAUAAUUCAUUGGAUAUGAGAGCAAUUUCACUAUAUUCUGUUGGGUACAGAAAUGUUCAUCCAGAGAAUGCAGGCCUUGACAAUGAUAGAGGCGAACCUGAAAUUUCUAAUUGGGCAAACACAUGGCGCGGGUUAUUGGACUAUCUAUUUUAUGUUAAGAAAUGGGACCUACGAAGUAACUGUCAGGAAGUAGAAAACCUCGGCGAUUUUGAAAAAGUAAACGAGAUGAAAUGCAGAGGUUUUCUAAGAAUGCCGCCCGGCAAGGAGAUGACAAAACAUGGACAACCACAUGUUGGAGAAUACGCAAGUGAUCAUUUGUCUAUGGUGUGUGAUUUGGAGUUGGAGCUAUAG